CUCCGUAUUCCGUCAGUCCACGCACCACCAACGCUUUCCGUAAGAAAUGACUCGUCUCGCAGCUCUUGUCUGCUUGUCGCUGGCAGCUGCAGGAUCAGUUACAGCCCAAUCAGGUUGCCCAAAGAAACUUCAGGACGCGAACUGGGCAUGCGAAACAAACUUUCAAACCGCUCGGGCCAAUCUGACCUACCCAUCAUCUGGCUAUGAUGCUCUGUUCAAAACCUUUGCAACCUGCAACUGCGAGACAUUUGCAGAGUAUCCGACUCGUGAAGCGCUGAUCGCAGUGUGCCCGUCCAUCUGGGGUGAAGGCAACAAGGACAAUUACCCAAAGUUCAAAGAGGCCUGCGCAUCCGGCGCUUACAAUAACGUAUUAACCACGCUCAAGUACACGCUCAGCGUGCAGCAAGGGAAUGGCACUGCAGCCCGAUACAAUGCACCUUUCCAGAAUGCGGAGGGCAAGGUGGUCUCUGGUAGUUCUGCUCCCAUUUUGGCGAAUGAUGCUGGAAAAUUGGCCAAGGGACUCUUCGCGGCUGCUGCCGCUAGCGCCGGCGUGGCCAGUUUGAUUCUGACUGUCAUGUAGACUUACUCAUAUAGUACUUCUAUGGAAAUACAUUGCACCUCAUGUGGGCUGGUCCAUGUAUAGAUGAUUGAAGGUUUGGCUAGGCCGAAAAAAUCCUAUUCCGCGACAUGAGUGAUCUUUUCCACAGGAAGAUGGA